UCCGUUUUCCUCUUCUGGCUGGCCGGUGCUGAGGCAGCCAUGGUGCGGUUCAAGCACAGGUACCUACUCUGCGAACUAGUGUCUGACGACCCCCGCUGCCGCCUGAGCCUGGACGACCGAGUGCUGGGCGGCCUCGUACGAGACACCAUCGCCCGAGUGCACGGGACUUUCGGUGCAGCCGCCAGCUCCAUCGGCUUCGCGGAAUUUUCCAAAAUGACUUCCCCCUCCCCCAUCCCUGUAGUUCGAUACCUCAAUGCUUAUACUGGAAUAGUGCUACUUCGAUGCAGAAAGGAAUUCUACCAGCUUGUGUGGUCAGCUCUUCCCUUCAUCACGUACUUGGAGAACAAAGGAUACCGUUACUCUUGUUUUUUCAACACGUUACAUGUUGGAGGUACAAUUAGAACAUGUCAGAAGUUCCUAAUCCAGUACAACAGGAGACAACUGUUGAUCUUGCUACAGAACUGCACUGAUAAAGAGCGUGAAGCCAUCCAUAAGUCUGUCACAAGAAGCAGUUUACUAGAGGAGUCAGGUGAAGAAGAGCUUUCAGAUAGUGGUGGUGAGGAGGCUGCUGAAGCAAUGGAAUGAGCUGCUACUUCCCACACAGUAGGCUACAUUUUGCCCAUGUGUUGAACAGGACACUCUGGGUGGCAUCAGUGUCUUCUACAGUUCUCCAGAUUGGGGUCUGCCAGCCAGAGGACACAUUUCUCCACUGAAAUGAAAAGACUUACUCAAACUAAAGUUACCUUUAUCUAGUGUUCCCCUGGUUAAGUGAUACAGGUUGUGAACUUGGUAGUCAUAGGUAUCUUUUUAUCUUACUGCUUGGCUGAGAGUACACUUAAUAAAUGUAUUUGGUUUCUAUAGCAUUUAGUGUACUUGUUAACAAUAAAAGGGCUUAUGGAGUUCAUGCUUGGCCAAAUCUCAGUCCCCUCCUACCCAUGGCCUUGGUGGGCAGACUGGCUUCCUAUGUGGUACCAGAUGAAUUGUGAAUACUUACCCUUCUACUUGAGGCUUUAGCAAACCAAGUCAUUUGGAGUAGAAAUAUUAGUAAGACAAAGCCACUAAAAUUGGUACAUGUCUAUAGCCAGUCUCAGUGCUGACCCGUGGGGCCCUACAAAUACCAAAUUUCUUGCCAAUACUUAAUCAAGUGACUUAAUGCAGAUUUUGCAAUUGGUAUGUGGGGUGGGGUGGUGGCUUCACCUGACCUCAUUAUGCAAGGCCAUAUAACUACUACCAACUUGAGGUAGUCUCCGCAGUUACACUCUUCUCUAUUGCCUUAUACCUGAAGAUAGGCAGACUGCCACACUCACAGGAAUCAGGAGGGGCAAGAGACUUGUGAUCAAGUUUGCACUGCUACCUACUAACUUUUCUUUUUUUAUUAUUUU